AGGACGAUCUUGUUGUAUAAAAUGGCCCCACCGCAGGACACCGCCCUUCGUGCUCGCUUUUGCUCUGUGUAGUCAGCCGCGUCUGUCUCCCCUCCUCACCCCACAGGCCUCGGGGCGCCUUGUCUGAGGUUUUGAUGUUUGCCUUUGCUGUGGCUGUGUCCGCGUGGCUCGCUGUCUGCCUGGCCCCUCUGGCUCCGGUGCCUCAUUCUCUCCAACUCUUUCGGUUUUGUAAAUGGCAACAGUUUCUUUUUCCUUAGGACAAUAAAAGUCCACCUCUAGGGAUGGAUGGAGGCACCCUCUUGACCCAGCCCUCGGCCAGUUUCGGGUCCAGCUUUUGUUGCUGAGGCUGCAGUAAACGCUGCAGAGCAGGUGCCUGCGACGAUCUCCCGAAAUUCCAGUCUAUGAAGGUAAAGGGCACCCCUAAGACCUCCUACAGCCCUGGGGAGCAGGUGGCAUACGAAUGUCGGCCUGGCUACCGGCACAAGAGCAGCAGCGGUGACAUCCUGGUGACCUGCAGCGCCGAUGGCACGUGGAACAUGCCGCAGGAGGCCUGUGUCAAAAAAUCGUGUAGAAACCCAGGAGAUCCGCUGAACGGCAGGAUCAUCACCGGGGAGGGGAACUUCGACUUCGGCGCCAGCAUCACCUACACCUGCAACGAGGGUUUCCGCUUACUUGGUGAGAAAACGCUGCAUUGUCAGCUCUCUGGGAAUCAGCUGGACUGGGACGAGAUCCCCCCUAUCUGUGAAAAGAUUUUGUGUAAACCACCUCCAGCAAUAGCAAAUGGAAGAUACUCCAACAGCGAGAAGGACACAUUCAGCUACCAGGAGUUCGUGACCUACAGCUGUAACCCUUCCGGUGGGCAGGACAAGUUCUCCCUGGUAGGGGAGAGCAGACUUAUCUGCUCCGGCAGCGGGGAGUGGAGCAGCGCACCUCCAGAGUGCAGAGUGGUCAAAUGCCCGUUCCCAGUGCUUGAAAAUGGAUUCAUUGUGUCAGGGAUGGCAAAGAAGUUCUACUACAAGGCGCAGGUUGAGCUGGCCUGCAACUCCGGCUUCCACCUCUCUGGGGCCAGUGAGAUCCAGUGCAGCGCCAACAGCACCUGGGAUCCCACCAUGCCCCAGUGCAUCCACGUGCCGGCUGCUCCCAGUACAAAGCCUCCAACCUCUACCAGCCCAGGCUCCAAGCCGGUUCCUCCAACCCGGCCUCCUGUCUCCACUCAUCCAGGCCCUGAGCCCGCGGUCCCUCCACCCUGGCCACCAGAUUCAAGCAAUGCAGCUGCUCUGACUGGACUCCCCAGCAUCAUGUCGCUUGGAAGCUGCAUCCUGUCUGGUUUCGCGGGGAAGCUCACGUCCGCCUGCGUGGGGUAUCAUCUGUGGCUUCACGUGUGGAUGCUCAUGGCCGCGCCCCCCUCUACUACAGGAGAUUUCAGCGGUGGAACCACCUCUGAGGGCAUAGGUGCUGGCUUCAUCGCCCUGAUCGUGCUCACGAUCUUGGGUGCUACCACGGCUGUGGGCUUGGGCCUAUACCGGUACCAGCAGCACCUUAAGUCCAGGAAAAGGAAAUCAGAUCUUACGCCCGAAUAUAGCGCCUACCAGGAUAAGUCCACCAUCCCCACAGAAGAGCCGCAGUAGAUGGCUGCCCUGCCCACAGCCGCCCUGGUUCCGUUAAGAGGUGACUGCCUAGUAGUUGGCCCAUCUGCUCUGGAAAAGAACAUGAUAGUUACAUUAAAAAAAAAACAAAAACAUAUACACAACUACUCCCCCAUGAUGCACCCCUUCCCAUUCGGAUGUUAAUCAGGAAAAAGCUGACCCCAUGCCCGCCCCUGCCUGUCCUAUGAGAGCUACGCCAUGAGAACAGUCUGCGUGUGCCUGCUGGGGUGAGUGGAAAGAGACACUGUGCACCAGCGUGUACACUUACAGGCCAGGACGUGGACUACUACUCCACUGUGAGAAGGAAUUAAAUCCUGUGUGCCCUAGGUGGUGGCAUCACGCUCAAGGUAGUGAAUCAGUCAGACUCACCCAUGUGUGUAACAGUCACAGCUUUUCCAGCAACCCAAUAAAAAGGGUAAACUUGUUACAGGGCAACCCCAAUAUGAAAUGGGUUGCCUGACAGGGUCCUUACCCGUGCGCACUUUCAAGGGACUUACUAAUACUCAACUGCAGGCACACACAAAAGGUUAAUAAGGGGUUAUUUACAAAAGAAAGGGGAUAUGAAGAAAUGAAUAACUCAGGGAGAAAAAGAGGGAGAUAAAUUUGUGGACGUGUCCACAAAACCUGUAUGGAGUUUGCUCAGGACAUCCUUUCCCCCUAACAAACUCCCCGAAAAUCAGACUUGUGGUCACCAGGGACAGGAGUGAGGCGAAAGGUCACAGGUCAUAAUAUUACAGGGCAGGUAGAGGGGUACCUUAGAACCCCCAAACCUGCCUGCACUAAAUAGGUUCUCCUAUCCACCAUAUCAAGACAAAACAUAUAAGAUCUUUAAUGGAAAAGAACUUUAAUACAAUUAGGGAACAAUACAGAAAAUACAAAGAACAUGGUUUCCAAAUCAAGGACCCAGAGUUACCUGUCCCUUCAUGGGUAAAAGUCCAGCCAAAUGGGACUGGCCCAGAGCAAGGCCCGAAAGCUACCACAGUCUAAAGCACCUUCCAUCUGGGACCCAUAGAACAGGGUCAGAAACAGACAAGUCUGGGAGGAAAAGAGUAAAAUCAAGAUAAGCUGCCACUGUCACUUCCCCAUGGGUCUCUCACCCACGUCUGUUUCCAUCAUACCAGGACCACAAGGCAAGCGCAUUUCUUCACAUGUCUCUCUGCUCCAUGUGGCUCCUCCAGGUCUCCUUCUGGCUCUCCAUCCUGCUUCCUUCCUUCCUCAGUCUCCUCUGCAGCUUCUUCUCCCUGCUCAGCUCCACCCUCCCCUGGGUGGGGCAGGGAACCUGGCACCUCCCCCUUUUCUAGGGACUCCCCUGCCACACCAAGAGAAACAAGGGCCAGGUUAUCGUGGACAGGGAUGGCUGCUGCAAAGUCACUAAGACCAGAUCCCAGAACUUUCCAUCACAUAGAGAAUAAAAUGGUCUUGUGACUCUGGCGACGGAUUUGUCUCACCGUGGUCAUUGCACAUGUGGUCAACACAAGGUCACCGUGACCACAAAGCUCAGGGUGCCGCGCAGCCGUCAGUGCGUGGGGGUCUGGGCACUAGGCCAGGUGGCGUCCCCGAGAGGCAGCUGCUCGCAUGGCCCAAGGUAGUGUUGUCACUGAAACCUUAAGGCAGUGAGAUAUAUAACUUUUUAGAUAAAAAUUCAAAUUUGGAGAAAUAGAGUUCAAAAUGAAAUUCCACUUAUAAAGGAAGUUACUCUGCAAUCUUUCGUUCAAAGCUGAAGGCCCACUGGAGCUACACCCAUGCGCGACUCAAGGGGGUCCCCUGUGUGGGUGGGGUCUGCUCCAGGCCUCAAGCAUAGCCUCGGACGGCUCCACAGGGGGUUGGGCACCCAACCGACACUCUUCUCACUAAGAAUGUUGCUAGAAGAGAGACAUUAACCAAAACAAAGGACGCCCCACUGAUUGGGAGAAAAUUUUUGCACACAACACUAAUAAGGGACUGAUCACAAAAAUCUACAAAGAGCUGACUAGACUCAACAAAAACAAAGUAAAUAACCCAAUCAAAAAACAGGCAUAAGGGGGGUGGGGAAGGAGAGGAGG